GUUAAAUACUUCUGGAUUGUUCUCGCAAGAUACCUAUCCAAGAUGAGUAACGCAUUUCAUCUCUCUCAAGCUUCAAGGAACACUCAGUAAAUCUGUUUACUCUCUAUACAAAGUUGCCAGCAACUCUCUCUUUAAUCCUGCUCCACUAUUGCCAAGCUACGAAAUUUUCGUAGACCGAAAAUAUUACACCAUAACAAAAUGCAAUUGUCUACCAUAUUUUUUGCACUCUUUGCAGGCGUUGCCUUCGCCAGCCCUGCUAGUCUCGAAACUCGUCAAAAUACAGCUUGCGAUCUGUGCCGCAAAGAUUGCUUCUUUGGAAAAGGGAGCAAUGCUGUCUUUGAGAAGUGUCUGAAUACAUGCAAUAAGGACUUGGGUUGCACGCUUACGCCCUAAGAGCCGGAAGACAUAUCUGCGGUAUGGAACUAUGUAUAAGGACCUCAGGAUAAGUCUGAUUUAAAUAUUUGGUUCACUUAGAAUUGCCAGCUUUUCCUCUCCUUUCUCUGGG